AGACAUAUCUUUAUUAUCAUUUAACAUAGGGCGCGGCCUUCCAGGACAAUCCGUCGGGGGAAUGAUCAUCAUCUCCUGGCAGCAUACGGGGAUGCUGACUUCGACACAAAGAACCAUCAACCAUCUAUCGGAGGGAUCAGAUAUCACUGGAUAAGAACGAGCCAAGGAAAUAUCCGAGAGCUGCACGUCAGAGUUGGCUUCCUCCUUGCACCUGGAUGGACCGUAUCCAUGCAUCGUUCUAGAAGAAAGAUGACUUGGUUUGAUUCUAUUUUGCAAGGGUUCUGAUAUAGAUGGUCCUUGUUCUACGUAUUGAGUCAACGCUCAGUCACUCAAAAAUGUGGCGAACCUCGUGGAGAGUCUAUACUCUGAGGCCUGCACCAGGAAAGACAAGUGAUUCGGCGUUUGACUGAAUCUCUGAAGUCACUCCUCAAUCCCUCUACUCCCUGCAUUCCGUCCUCGCACUCUUCCAAUACUGACCAUGGCUCACGUAAUGCACCCCGGCGAUAUCUAUGUUGCUACAUUCUCGCGCAGAGCUGGUGUCGAUCGUCUUUGGAUGAUCGUAGUCUUCGAAGGAAACAAUACAUUCACGAAAUAUCACGCCGCCUGCAGUUUCAGCCAGGCAUGGUCCUACCAAACGGGUACUAACAACGUGCUUGCGAGCCUGAACCUCGGGACUAUGAACAAGAUUGGUUCUCUAGUGAACUCUGGUUGCACCACGCACGACCUUCAGACAAUUUUUUCUGCUAUAGAACUGAGAACUCCUCGCGAGUUCGGAGGUCGCAAGGAACCUUUCAAUUGCAGAAUCUGGACCCUUGUAGGCAUCCGCGACCUGCACGGGGCGAAUGAUGCCUUAGCUGUACCCCAUGGCCCCGUCGUUUGGCACACCUGUGUUUCCUCCCAUUGAGCUACGACGUGCUUCGCCCACUCUAUAUUGUCGAAUACGGCGACUUACAAGUUCCUUUUGUAAGCUUGCUAUACUAUUUCAUGCCCUUGUUGUAUUCCUGCCGGUAUAUCAACUGAAGAAGACAGGCUCAUUGUAGUGCAAGGAUGGUUGUACAUGUAGCAUUUCUGUACGAGAUAACGUCAUAUCAUAC